AUGGCGAUAACGGCACUGUCGACUUCAGUUCAGGAGAAGAUUAAGCUGGCAGCUCAUGGACAGACAAUUGAUUUUAAUAUGGUCUAUUCUAUCUGUCAUAAUAUUAAUUUUGAUUCAUUGGGCAAUGAAAUUUCACACUUUGGUGUCAAUGAAUCAAGUAAUAAUAGUGAAAAUUUUAUUAAUCCAUUGCAAAAAGCAAGUAAUCGUAAAGUAUCUGAUUCUUCCAUAGGUGACUCAUCUAGGUUAACCUGUUUUUAUUGUGGGAAGAAAGGGCAUACGAGAAAAGUAUGCUAUAAAUUGAAGUUUGAUCGCCAGGAAAGGCGAAUUAAUGAGCUUUCAGCUCAUGUGGGCAAGAAGGUAGAUGAAACUACCAAUGAAAGAGUAAAUAAAGAUAAUUUAUUCUAUCUUAAUCAGGUUUUUCAAAAAGACUCCCAUUCAAAAGCAAUUAUUAAUGUCAAACUGAAUAAUAAUAUUAUUCAUGCAUUAGUUGAUACUAGUGCAGACAUUUCAAUAAUAAAUUCAAAGUUUUUAAUGGGUAUAAAAGUCUUAGAACCCGACAUAAGUAUUAAAGUUGCUAAUGGUAGCAACAUUAAAAUUAUUGGUAUGUUGAGAAAAAUAAAUAUUGAUAUUGAUAAUUAUGAAUACAAAGGUUUAUUUUAUGUUUGCAAGGAUAUUAGUUAUGACGCAAUAUUAGGACUGGACUUUAUUCGGAAAUAUUUUGCAAGUAUUAAACUUAAUGAGCAAAAAGUAAAGUUAGUUCUGAACGAAGUUUCAAAUAAGUUAAUUUUUAAACCAUUGUUAAGAAUUAAUACUGGUAACUCAGCACCAGUCUCAGGCAAAUACUUUAGAACUAAUGAGAAAGAUGAAAAAUUUAUAAAGGAAAUAAUAGAAAAAUAUUUAGAAAAAGGUUGGAUAAGACCAUCUUCGUCUCCAUGGAGAUCGUCUGUAGUUGUUGCGAAACAUAAUGGCAAGCAAAGAUUUUGCAUAAAUUAUAUACCUUUGAAUAAAAUAACUACCCAAGAUAAAUAUCCAAUACCAAGAAUGGAAGAUAUAUUUGACACCAUAAGCAAAAGUAAGAUAAGAUCAAAGCUGGAUAUUGGUAAAGCAUUUCAUCAAAUUGAUGUGCAUCCAGAUGAUAUUCCCAAAACAGCUUUUGCUUGCAAAUUUGGAAUUUUCGAAUGGACGAAAUUGCCAUUUGGACUAGUUAAUGGAUCAGCAAUGUUUCAGAGGGUUAUAGAUACAGUAUUGCUCAAAAAAACGUGGACAAGUAAAAAAAUGAAAAAUAUCAUCAAUAAAGAAAUAUCAUGA